CCCUUACGGAUGGGAAAGCAUAUUUUUAAUAUUUGGACUUGUCGGAUGUAUUUGGUCUGUUGCGUGGCAUUUCCUAGGCUCUAGUAGUCCUAUUGAUUAUCCCGGAAUAUCAGAAGAGGAAUUAUCAUGGAUUUUAAAGCGUGAAUAUGAUGUAAAUGGGAACAAUUUAAGAUUUAGUCAAUUUGGGUCUAGCAUGUCAAGAGGAGAUAUUGAUCCUGAAAUUGAAUCAUCAAUAAUAAUUGCAACCGAAGAUGAAAAUACUAGACUGUUAAAAGCUAGUCAGAAUCAAAAAUAUGUUAAGGUUGGCAAUGCAUCAAAUGAAACUUUAGAAACAUCAAAUUCAAAUCAUUUUGGUGUAGAUAUAGACAAACUCGGGUAUUUUGCAGGAAUUAUUGGAUUUUUCGGUGGUAUAAUCGGUGAUUAUCUGGUCAGCGAAUUAAAUAUUCCGGUGAUUACUGUAAGAAGAGGUGCGCAAAUUAUUGGAAGCUUUGGCAACGCUAUAUUUUUUUUAUUUGCAGUAUACUUAUCAAAAACAGCGAUAGAAGGGAUCUUAUUAAUGACAAUUGGAAGUUCGAUAGGGUCGUUUCUGUUUUUUGGUGUUCAUAUGUCUCAGCUUGAUAUAGCACCUAAAUACGCAGGAGUAAUAUGGGGAUUAGGAAAUAUGUUUGGAGUGAUGGCGGGAUUAUUUGGUGUUGCAUUAACGGGGUUGAUCUUGGAUAUCACUG